AUGAGUCUUCAAAUGCUUUUGGUAUUCAGUACCAUGAUCUUUCAAAUGAUCACCUUACUCCUUUUUGUACUCCCACUUCCACUCAUGGUCCGAUCCCAAAUCGUAUCAAUAUACAUCAAGAUCACAACGGCACAAAAUUUCCGAAUUUUCCUUGGAUUCAGCAUCACAUUGAUGUCAUUACAAUUUUAUGAUUGUUUACAACGAUUGGAAAAAUAUCACAAGGUUAAAGAAAAUGAUGUAUUACAAGGGUUUGUCAAUUAUGAUAAAUUGGCAAGUAAGUUUUAUAGUCAACGAAACUUGUAUUUAUCGGGAGCUAUCUUGUAUUUGUUGAUGGGUAUUUAUACUGUUGCUUCAAUUGUUAAGAAGUUGGUGUUGAAGGAGAAAUUGUAUAGACAAUUGAUUGCUGAAAGGGAUGAAUCGAGAACUGGUGGUGGGGAGAAGAGUGAUGGUGAGGAAGUUGUUAAAGUGAAACAUUUGAUUGAAUUGAAGCAAAAGGAUAUUGAUGCGUUAAAGAAGCAAUUGAAUGGCUUACAAACUGCCUAUGAUGGUUUGAAUAAAGGCGAGGAAAGAUCUAAAGAUGAUUGA